UCAACCAAUCAGAGCAAUCCACAUGUUUUGAGAAGGUCGUUUCGUGUUUCUCGCUGUGUGAGCAUAAACGUUAAAAAAUCCAUUAAUUAAUUAUUCUUUCAUAUAAUAUGUGAAGUGUUUAUCCAAAAAUGAACAUGAACUCUGUGCCCAUUUUACUUUUACUAACCUUCAUUUCCUUAACUUCAGUGUUGGCAGGCCGAGACUUUUACAAAAUACUAGGAGUUUCAAAAAGCGCCAGUUUGCACGAAAUCAAGAAAGCAUAUCGGCGACUAGCCAAAGAAUUGCACCCUGACAAGAACCAGGAAGACCCCGAAGCUUCCCAGAAAUUCCAAGACCUAGGAGCCGCCUACGAAGUCCUCUCAGAUGAGGAAAAGCGGAAAAAGUACGACAGAUGCGGCGAGGAUUGUCUCCAAAAAGACGGGAUGAUGGACAGUGGGAUGGACCCCUUCGCCAGCUUUUUCGGCGAUUUCGGGUUCCACUUCGGUGGCGGAGAACAAAAACAUGAGACUCCGAGAGGAGCUGACGUGGUCAUGGACAUUACUGUGACCCUGGAAGACUUAUACACGGGCACUUUUAUUGAAAUUACGAGAAAUAAGCCGGUGAUGAGAGCGGCUAAAGGCACAAGGAAGUGCAAUUGCCGGCAAGAGAUGAUUACACGAAAUUUGGGGCCCGGCAGGUUCCAAAUGAUGCAACAGACGGUGUGCGACGAGUGUCCCAAUGUUAAACUAGUCAAUGAGGAGCGCAUUUUAGAGAUGGAAGUGGAACCGGGGAUGGUUGAUGGGCAAGAAACCAAAUUUACAGCAGAAGGGGAGCCCCAUCUUGAUGGGGACCCUGGCGAUUUGAUACUUAAGAUAAAGACGCAACCGCAUCCUGUUUUUGAGCGUAGAGGGGAUGAUCUCUACACUAAUAUCACAAUUAGUUUACAAGAUGCCCUUGUGGGGUUCACUAUGGAACUCCAGCAUUUGGAUGGUCACAUGGUUUCCAUCAGCAGGGACAAAAUCACUUGGCCUAAUGCCAGGAUAAGGAAGAAAGGAGAAGGCAUGCCAAAUUAUGAUAAUAAUAAUUUGCAUGGGAAUUUAUUCAUUACUUUUGAUGUAGAAUUUCCUAAACAAGAAUUAUCAGAUGACGACAAAGAAGCUAUUAAGAAAAUUUUGAAUCAGAGCUCAAGAAACAAGGUUUAUAACGGACUAAGAGGGUUUUAGUUAAUUUAUAAAAGUUUUGUAUAUAAAAGACUAUAUAUAGAUGAAGUGUGCUUGAGUGUUUUGUGAAAUAAUUUAUUACCUUUAUUCUUAUUCUGUUUAAGGUGUAACCUUAAAACCUGCCCGUUCAUAGACUUUUUCUACAAUUUUACGUUUCCUGUUCAUUUAUGAAGUGUAUAGGUCAAUUUGUAAUAUAAAAUAUUGUAUUGUA